GGAUGUUUUCCCAACAUGUCAUGGCCAUAGCCUUAGGCUUAGCAUAUAUGUCAAUUGCUAACCUAGUUAGCAUUUUUGGAAUAAAACCUUUCUUUAUCCAAGAAAUUGUUUAAAAAAUCCAUGAUAAUGACUGAUAAAAAGCAAAAUUGAUUUAAAUAAAUCUUAAUCGUAGUUUUAUUUCUUAGCUCAAAAUUACACAGCACAGCUAACCAACUCCAACGCCAGUAACUGUAACGGCAACACUAACACACGUCACGGCAAGGUAAACUAAUAAAACUAAUUUAGAGAAUUUAGUAGUCUAACGUCUAAUGUAAAUAACAGUAUAUUAUAAUUAUAAGUAUUUUAACUCAUUUGUGAUGUAGCCUUAAUAUUUCAAGGCUGUCAUUGCAUAUUUUGGGGAACACUUAGAGUCUUAAACUUAAAGAAAAUUGAUAUUAAUUUAAAUGUUAUACCCCACUUGAACUUCAAGUUGGAGAUCACACACACUGUACUAUGUUGCACAGAUAAUGAUCCCACAUGAAUUACACCUCACACAAAAUCAAAAGACAAAGGAAUUCCUCAUGGAAUUUACAGUAAAAAAUAAUAAUUGUUUAUCUUCUGUGGUAAAACAUAAUGCAUACAUAUUUACAUUAUGAUACAUUCUUUUGACCCCAUAAGAUGUGUUUUAAAUAAAAAAAUGUUAUGUAAAUAUGAAAGAAAGAUUUGUGAAUUCUAUAAUAAUUUCUAAAAUUCCGGGCAGCCUGAAUUGGCAAUUACUUAGAAAAUCGAUGUGUGGAACACUAUGUGUGACAGUGUGAGGAUUAACUUGUGUUUGUUGAUCUUAAAAGGGACAAAACAUCACAUAAUCUAUGUAAUUGUAAUAAAGGAAUAGAUUAAUAAGACACAAAAAACCAACAUUUUAGCUAUUUAAAAUUUGACAUAGCUGCAAUAUUUUUUUUCCUAUUUGGUUUUUAAAUUUUAAUUCAAGCCACUUCCAUUGCCUUUACUGUUCUUCUGAACUUUGUUUUUGUUGGGGACUUGUGCCCAUUCCUAUCCUUUUCUUUCACUUUUAGGGAGGAUACCUAUAUACAGUAAAUAUAUAUAUUAUGUAAAUUUAAACUUAUAUAAUUUUUUGUUGUUGUUUGUUGUACCAAUGAAGGCAUUAGCCAAAACGUUUACAUUUUUAUUCUGUAUAAGUAUAAUCAUUAUUAAAGAUUAACCUAUAUUGCUUUGUUUGCACAUUGUUUUUGUCUUAUUAAUCUGCUUGAAAGCCUUAACACACUGCAACUUUCUUAUAAUUAGUUAAUCAAAUGAAUGAGAGGUCAAUGUCAUGAAUAAUAAAUAGACCUAGUUUUUAAAUAUACUCUAGCUAGCCUAAAUUUUAGUGUGUUCUUCUAGCUUUAGUUAAAAAAAUAAAUAAUCGGCCUAAUUUAUUUCAACUUGUUUGAAAUAUAUGCUCAAAAAGGGCAUAUUAUAAAAAAAUAAUUUAAUAUCCAUUAGAUAUAGAAAUGGAAGAGGAAAGUGGAGAAGCUUUUUCACACUACACACCACAACAUCCAUUGCCAGAAGAAAUUAAGAAACUCACCAGAGAUAAAACAGUAAGUUAUUUCAUUGUUGAGUGCUUCCAUGUGCAAUUUAGCCCACCAUUUCUUUUGAUGAAAUGUUUCACUAACAUAUAUAUUCUACUCCUAAAUCAAAGCAAGCUAUCUUAAUACUAAAAAAAACUUAUAAGGAAAUGAAUUCUCAAAAUGCUAAGAGUCAGGGCCUGUAAAAUACAAUUUAAGAAUUACAGUAUUAUAUUUUCUUAGAUUAAAAAAAUAGAAGCAUAACAUGUUGAACUAUUUAUAAAUUUAUUAUGAGAGCAAAUUAUGGAAAUGUAAAAUUCUGUUCCAUCCUUAAAUUUCCUGCAGGUUUGUAAAUAUUGUGGUGUGAGUUACCUGAUACACAAUGAAAUAAAAGCUUUAGAAGAAAAACUGAAAGUGGCAGAGAAAGAGUUAUUUAAUCUACGGGGGCUGGAAAAGAGGGAAGCAUUAUUAAACCAGGAGAUCGUUAUGAUGAAACAGCAGCUGGAGGAGGCACAUAUGACUGUUGAUGCAAACACUAAACUGUAUGUAUUGUAAACAUUACAUAUUUUAAUAAUUAUAACAACACUAGAAAUACAGUGCAAGAAAAAUGACGACAGCAAUGCUUGAAAUUCCCAUCUACUAAAGUUAGCGGACAUUCAUAAAUGACGCAAAUCAUGAUGCAAAAUUUUAAUACCCCCAAUCAUAAAAAUUGUUUCACAAAAGUGAUAAAAUAUCACUGCCCUAAAAUAUAAUGUCACAAACCUCUGCACCCCCUCUCCCUAUAAAAAUCCCUCUUUCCUCUACUGUCCUUUACAAACCCUUAAAAAAAAUCAUAUUCCAUGGAUAUGGAAUUACUUCAAAAACAUUAACCAAGAAAAUUGGUUCCUAAGCAGUGGUGAAAGCAUCCCCUGUGGUGCAGAAAACCCAGAAACUAAGUUGCAUUAGCUGCCUUUGCUAGUUGUUCGUGCCUUUAAAAAUAUAAUAAGUUUUUUUGUAUUUCGAUUAGCAGCAGAAUUUAAAUUUUUAUUCUGGUGAAUUUUAUUUGCACAUUAUGUAGCUAAAGGAUAAGAAUCUAUGUCCUAGAACAUUCAUUCUAUCAGUAGUUUAAAAAUAAAAUAAUUAUAAUUUUUGUAUAAUACUAUAAUGUUAAUGAUGUUUGUAAUUUAGUGUUAUUAAGUGAAUUUUUUUCAGCAAUGCUCUGCUUUUAUUUGGCCAUCACAUUGCUUUAACGCACCUCACCCUCAUCACACAUUGUCACAAAUAUGUCAUCCCCCCCCCAACCCCCUAGAUGCAUGAGGUGAUUUAUGGAUGGCCCCUUACUUGACUAAAUGUGCAUUCUAAGUAAAGUAGGCCUACUUUAUAAGAAUCCCAAUUAUGGCUAACUUAAGGGAAUUUUAUUUUUUUCAACUAUUGAACACAACAUUACAACCAUAAAUACAUAGCUAGAGCAUUAUUAUUUGUGAUGAGAAUUAUUAUUUGUGAUACAAUUAAAAAAAUAACAACCAUUGCUUGUUUUUUGUGUACAAAUGCUUAGGUCUCAAAGGUGUCUUACAAAUAAUAAACUCAGAUAAAUAAAUAAGUAAAUAUGAAAAAUAGUAAAAUGUAUGGUUUAUGUGGAGAAAAGACUGACAUACAGUUUUGGCAUAUCCCUUAGGCACAAUAGGCUAUAGUAUCAAUCAACUUCAUUGUUUUUCAUCAAAAAAUUUUUUUCAACAUUUUUUAAUUUGCAUCCAAUGAACUUGUAAUCUUGAUUAAAAUAUAUGAAAACAAAAUACUAAGCUUUGCUUUCACUUUCUAAUUUCUUAUUGAUUUUAGUGCUAGUAUAUGUUUCUUUAUGUUCAUAUCUUCGACCUUUUCUGUUUGCUUUAGAAUGUUGUUCAGGCUUUCACACACUCUAUGUUUCUAUGUCAACUUAGGCUUUGUUUGAUUUUGUUAUUAUCUUAUUUUUAAAGCCUAAAUAAUUUAAUGAUCACAUCAUACGACUUGUUUCAACAGGAUAUCUACUCUGAACAGAGAAAUUAAUGAGGUCAGAGAGAAAAAUAAAGCAUUAGAUGAGGCGCUUCAAUUAUACAGGUUCUAUAAUGUUAAAAAUAAUACAUUUUCCGCCUAUACUUCAAUAUUGUUCAUUUUGAGAGGACAAUAUUUUUGUCUUGAUUUAAGCAUUCUGAUUAUUUUAUUAAAAAGUCUUUUCUUUUACAUCUUUAUCUCUUCCAUAUUAUUUGCAAUCAUGUCAUCUAUAGAAUAUUAUAUUUCCUAAUUUACUCAGAUCAUAGUUUUUUAAAGAACUAAAUUAUUUGUUCCUUUUGUUGUCCAAAGAAACAAACAAAUAGCUAACCUACGCCAAUUGAGCAAGUUAAAACAGUCAGCCAAACAAUGGAAAGAUAAUCUCAAAGCGAUAAAAGAAAACUUCACCAGCAACCAGUCAGGAAUUCUUGAAUGCAUGGCAACUGCCUUACAAAAUAUUAGACUGAUACCAGAGUGCUCAGCAAAAGGUAAUAAGAAACCUGCCUUAGACUGAUACCAGAGUGCUCAGCAAAAGGUAAUCAGAAACCUGCCUUAGACUGAUACCAGAGUGCUCAGCAAAAGGUAAUAAGAAACCUGCCUUAGACUGAUACCAGAGUGCUCAGCAAAAGGUAAUAAGAAACCUGCCUUAGACUGAUACCAGAGUGCUCAGCAAAAGGUAAUAAGAAACCUGCCUAAGACUGAUACCAGAAUGCUCUGCAAAAGGUAAUAAGAAACCUGCCUUAGACUGAUACCAGAGUGCUCAGCAAAAGGUAAUAAGAAGCCUGCCUUAGACUGAUACCAGAGUGCCCAGCUAAAGGUAAUAAGAAACCUGCAACAACUUUUGACUAAAAGUUUUGAAGGGGAGUUGUGUUAAAAUAAAGUCUAAGUCUGUUACUGGUGAAAAUAAAGUCUAAGUCUGUUACUGGUUAAAAUAAAGCCUAAGUGCAAAAAAAAUGAGAGCAGACUGAGAACAAAUCAUGUUUGAAAAUCAUAAAACAAAAUAAAACAAAUCCACAAGUAUACUUUAUUUGUCAGUUAAAGUUUGUGGGUGCUAACUUAUGAAUCAGGCCCACCAGGAGUUUCAACCAAUAAUUUUUUUGGAUUAUUAUUUCUCUCACGGAGGGGUGAGUUAGUGUACUUUCCCACCAAGAGUUGUGGUAGUUGGCUAUUGUACUCAGGGAUAUGGUAGUACACUUUCCUACCAAGGGCUGAGGUAUUUUCCCCGACAUCUCCAUUGCUAGAUUAUAAAUAAACUAUCUCUGAUAUCAGGCAUUUUGCUGAAGGUCAAUGAGUCAAUGAUUUAUUUAUUUGUUUAACCAAUGAGACAUCACCACAUAAAUCCAUUAUUUAACACAUUUGGCAUUAGCUAAUGUGAGUUUAAGUAAGAGGGCAGAGUUAAAUAAUUUGGAACAUGCAUAAAUAAAUAUAAUUUUCUACACAAGAACAAAAAUAGGAACAACAAAUAAAUUGUGUAAGUUGCUAAAAGUCAUCACUUCAGACAAAAAAUAAAUCAAUAAUUAAUUUAGCUGCUUCUGUUAUUCCCCCUCCCCCAACAGAAGUCUCUGGUCUAGAAUCUAAAGUUCAAUGCCUUGAGAUGGAACAGUUGGUUGUCACUCAAUCUAACAAAGCCAUGACCGAGACUUUAAAGAUAAAGGAUUCUGAGAUAAAGAAAAAGAAUGAGGAAUUACAAGAAAAAGAUUUUGCAUUGAAUGAACAGAGGUUAGAGUUUUCAAAGUUGGAAGCCAGCAUGCAUGAGGCAUCUGAAAAACUAAUUUCAUUAAAAAAUGCAGAGAUCACUCUGAAUGGUAAGAUCUUAAAAAAAAAAAAAAAAAUUAUACCAAUAAAGAAAAAAACCUUUUUGUUAGUAACAGAACAUGGUUAAAGAAAAUCAUGUCACAGGCAUAACUUAACAGAGGUUAGAGUUUUCAAAGUUGGAAGACAGCAUGCAUGAGGCAUCUGAAAAAAUAAUUUCAUUAAAAAAUGCAGAGAUCACUCUGAAUGGUAAGAUCUUAAAAAAAAAAAAAAAUUAUACCAAUAAAGAAAAAAACCUUUUUGUUAGUAACAGAACAUGGUUAAAGAAAAUCAUGUCACAGGCAUAACUUGUCAGAAUUUUAAUUUAUUUAAAAAAAAAUAUUUUUAAAAGUUAAAUAUAGUUUAUGUUUAACAAAUAAGAGUAUGUAGAAAGUAGAAAGAUCUCUCCAUUGUCAACUUUCAUAUUUCAAAAAUCAUUUUGUUCAUAUGUCAUAGAAUGUCAAAAUCAAGUUAGGAUAAUGACAGUGGAACUUGAUCAAUACAAACUACAUCUCAAGUAAGUAUGGCAUUAGGGCCAAGUAAGUAUGGCAUUAGGGCCAAGUAAGUAUGGCCUUAGGGCCAAGUAAGUAUGCCAUUAGGGCCAGACAAUGGACUUGUAGAUCACAGGUUGAUGAUAUUUUUGCUUUAAUGAUAUUUUAGAAAUAAUAUGCAUUUUCUGACUGAUUUAACUACUUAACAAAAUACAAUUUAAGUUGCAUAGCUCAUUUCCCAUUUCAUCUGAUGUAGAAAAAAUUUUGUUUAACUAUCACAACUUCUUUCAGGUCUUUUCAUGAUAGCACUUUCAUAAGGAAUUUCUCCAUUAGUCUUUAAAUUUUCAAAACAUGCAGUAGCUUUUUUUCAUCCCAGUUGUUUAUGGAGGGGUUGGCAUAUUCAGACCCAACCACACCCCCUCUCUUUAUGUGUUACAGACCCAACCACACCCUCUCUCUUCAUGUGUUACAGACCCAACCACACCCUCUCUCUUCAUGUGUUACAGACCCAACCACACCCCUUCAUGUGUGACAGACCCAACCACACCCCUUCAUGUGUUACAGACCCAACCACACCCCUUCAUGUGUGACAGACCCAACCACAGCCCCCUCAUAUAUGACAGACCCAACCACACCCCUUCAAAUGUUACAGACCCCACCACACCCCUUCAUGUGUUACAGACCCAACCACACCCCUUCAUGUGUGACAGACCCAGUCACAGCCCCUUCAUGUGUUACAGACCCAGUCACAGCCCCUUCAUGAGUUACAGACCCAGUCACACCCCCUUCAUGAGUUACAGACCCAGUCACACCCCCCUCAUGUUUUUGUAAUACACUCUACAGAACAAAAACAUCAGAAAUAAAUGACUUGUCCAAUAAACAGAAACAGCAGGAGCUGGCUAUACAGAAGUAAGUCAAGGAAAUUUGAUUUGAAAGAUCUUUGAUUACUUGUAUUGGUAUAAUUGAUAGGUUUUGACAUAUUAAGUUAGCUGACAGGGGAUUUUAGUUGAAAUGCUCUUUACUUUGCUUGACAUCAUUUAAAUUUGUGUCAACCCUAUUUGUUUAAAAAGACAGCAUGGAAGAUAAAUCAUAUUCAAUGUGCUUUUGAGAUCCAUUAAUAAAAUUAUCCUAAUUGACUUAAUGUUGAUGAGCUAAAUUAUUGUCAAGGCUAAAUCAAGAAAUAAAAAACAAAGAAAAUGAUUUGGGGACAUAUCUGAAGCAAGUAAAAACAUUAGAGAACCAGUGUCGAGAGUACCAGAGGAAGGAAAUGGAGAGUGCUCAGUCCAAUAAACUCAAUGCAAGUAAGUUACUUAAAAUUUUAAAAACUAUUUGUUCUUAAAUACAAUGCUUGAGAAAAAAAGUCUUUAUUUGUUUUGUUAAAUAGAGUAAAAGAGAACCAAAAAAACCCCACUAUUUUUUAAAUAACAUAAAGAAAUAAAAAUUUGUUUGGAACAAUUUUAUUAUGGACAAAGCCAUUAUGGCUAGAACUGGAAAUACAAGGCCUGGGAUUUGAAACAGUAAUUUCCAAGACUACGGGGGUACAUACUAGUUCAAUAGUUGGGGUACUUACACCUUGAUAGGCCUAUAUUCCUAAAUGUAUGCCUAUAAUAUUUUAUGAAAUAAGGUUGGGGAGGUGCAGAGAAUUUUAUUUUUAUAUGGGACUCAGUAAAAUAAAUUUUGGAAAUCAUUUGUUCCCAUGGUAGAAUUACAAGACAACUGUUUGAGUGUCAUUAAGACUGUCUGAGUGUCAUUAAGACUGUUUGAGUGUCAUUAAGACUUUUUAAGUGUCAUUGAUCAAUGUUACAAUUUUUCAGAUGAGGUUCACGAGCUAAAGGAAGAACUGCAGAGGGUGAAGGGAGAUGUGGCUGCAUUGAAAUCUGAAAGGUAGACAAUAUUGUUAGUUCUGUCCAAGAAACAGAUUCAGAAUUUAUUUUAUUAUUGAGAAACCCUUUUUAACUAAACUAACUUAUUUUGGAAUUCAUGGCAAAACAUUAUAUUUAUAUGUAAUGUUUAAAGAAAUAUAUAAAGCAGUUCAAAGAAGAAUUAACAUUUGAUUGCUUUGAUCACAGGCGGAAAGAGUUAAUAAACAGUCACGUCUGCUUCUUCUUCUUCUCUUCUUAUAUUUGAGGUGCCCACGAUCAAUUUGAUGAUCAUUCUGGCUCCUGGUUUAAAUUCAGAGUUUUCCUUCUCUUAGAUGGGUUGCCGUCCAAGGCUGACGAGUCCCUUCCACCCGGGGUGCUAGGGAUGUUGGCUUUGGCGGGGAUUGAACUCCGGACUGUUUGGUUUGAGACAGUUUAGACCGCUCGGCCACCCAGCACCCUAUCAUAUUGUUAUCAUAUUUUGUACCUUUUCACUGUUACUUAUAAUUCAAGAAAAUUAAAAAAACUCAUGGAUUGUUUGUCUCCCUAAAACAGGGAAAUGAUGAUUGAAGCUCACCAAAACAGGAUUGAGGACUUGAGAGAAAGCUUCAAAAACAAAAUGGCUGAAGCUGAAAACUGGCCACAAAAAGUGACUAUUUGAUCAAUGACCUGAAUAUAUUUAUAUAUUUAGCCAUAAUGUCAUUCUUUCCAUCACUAGUUAAACUUAAUAAACUUUAAGAAAGAAAAGCUGCUUUUUAAAAUAUUUUUUUGCAAAAUGGCUUCACAGCAUAUAGAAUUAAAUUGAUAUCUUAUCUGAAGUAAUUAAUUAAGAGAGGCAAUAUAUUUAUCCAUAUUUUUGUUUCCAUUUAAAUCCAGUUACUCGAUGUCACAUUCUGAUUGGUUAAACAUAAUUUAGUAACUGAUUUUAAGUAUUUUUAUUGUUCACUGACUACAGUUUGGAUUAGUGAGUUUAUUUAGUUAUAUAUGUUAUUUAGUAACAUGUUUCAUAAUUUGUACAUCCCUUUUCCCAGCUCCAUGAUGCAGUUGCUGCAGAGAGAGGACGCCAUCUUGCUGAGAUGAAAACUUUAGAAGAAAAUCUCAAACAUCAGUUUGUUAUGGUGAAUAUUUUCAAUGCAAUUCUAUCUAAACAAAUGAAAAGGAGAUAACAAUCACAAGUUCUAUUAUUGAAAACAAAUUACAUUUUUCAGGUCAAGAACUUGUUUUCCAAAAUGUUAUUAGUUAACCAAGCAGAAAGAAAAUAAAAGAAGAAACAAAUUAAUUAAUGCAUUAGGAAUGAACAAAAAGUAUGUCUUCUAAUUUUACCUUACAACUUCAAAUAUUAUUACAACUUCAAUUAUUAUUACAAUUUUAAUUAUAUUACAACUUCAAUUAUUAUUAUUAAAAAAAACUUCAAUUAUUAUUACAACUCCAUAAUAAACACAUUUUCUGUUGUUUCGGGUGAAGAAAUAUUUCAAAACGGUUAAUAAAAUGGAUAAUAAAAAAAAAUAUUAUAAAUAACCGCCAGGGUUUGAUAUGACCUUGACCUUGUAAAGCUAUUGAUAAUUUAUAACUCUAGAAUAAAAAAAGACACCAAAGACCAUUCAUUUAUGAAAUUCAUUAAGAAAUUAUUUGUAUUCACACAGGAGCUGCAGAUAGAAAAGGACAAAUAUGGUGAGCUGAUGAAAAAGUUUCAAGACCAGGAAAAGGAGAAAACCAAUUCAGUAUGUUUGUAAUUAAAGCUUACUUAUUUCUAAAACGACAAUGUUGUUAAACCUGAUCAUACUUGAGAUACUCACAGAGCCUCAUGACUGGUUAUGCAUUAUUUUUUUUGACAUAGUCUUAUCACAUAAAGUUGCCAAGUUUUUCUUGUAAGCCAUACAAAUUAUUUUCUUGUUUUAAUGGAUUAUAAAUUUAUUUAUUUUAGCUCCUUAAUUUGGUUUUGUAAUAUUUCCCUAUAUAUCUAUAUUGAUCUAUAUAUCUAAAUUUACCUACAUAUUUAUAUUUUGUGGUGGAAAUCUUCCACCAAGGUUUUGGAACUUUUUGAAAAAUCUUCUGUUUAAUAAAAACAAUCUGGGAAUCUUCACAGAUAUUUUAGCCUACCUAGCAGUUGGUAGGUGCUAAUUGAACCAUAUAUAUAUUUGUCAAAGUCAAAAGAUGACAUACAAAACUUGUGAGCUGGAGUUUAAUUUCGAGGGAUACAUAAACAAACAACAUGACUCCAGUGCACUGAGUGGAUGGGACUCACCAACCUUGGAUGGUGGCUUACAAUAGAGAAGGAAACUCUGAUUGCAAAUUGUUGCCACCUUAAAUAAAUUUUAGCCAACUCCUGUGACAGCCCUGGGGCAAAGCUGUAUCAUCCACUUGAUGUUCCCUUGGGUUUACCAGCAGGGUGGAGAAAGGGAAUAUGCUGACUGAGAACCAAUUUAUCCUCCUUAAAAAAAAUCUCAGGACUUGUGAUUCAGCAACCUCCACCCCCCCCCCCCCCCCACACACAAACAAAUAAGAAAUAUAAUAAAAUCUAAUGAUAUUCUGUUUAAAAGUUCUUGCACAUUUAUUUUUUAACAGAAAGAAAACCAGAGGGCGCUUCUUGAACAAAAGUACAAAGAAGAUAUUGAAGACUUACAUCGACAAGUUACAGAAUGCAAGAGGAGGGGGCAGGAGAGGGAGGAGGAACUAAACAAGGAGAUCGCUAGUCUCAAGAAAAUUAUUAAAGAUUUACAAGACCGCUCAGGUAAUUUGGGACACUAUUUUUCAGAGAUUUGUAUUUGUUUAAUGGGGAAACUUGAAAUUUAACAUUUCUUUUCUUUAAAAAAAAAAUACUUGUAGUAUAGCCAUGUUAUGCCUUUAAAAAAUUACAAACAUAAUUCUUGAUAACGGUACCCACAUUUAAAAAAGUUUAAACCAUUAUAUUAAAAUAGUAAAUAAAAAUAUGUGUAAAUGGAAGAGUCUAGCAUUUAAAGGUUACUGCUAUCUAAGUCCCCUUGAAUAGAGCCCACUUUUGGUGUUAAAAAUAUUCCUGCUAUCUUACGCCCCUUGAAUAGCAAAACUGGAUGGCUCUGAUUCAGGGAAGAUAACUGACUUACAAAACCAACUGGCCAAAAUUCAUCAACAACUGAUAGAUGCACAAAGUUCUGUCACACUGCUGGAAAAUAGAUUGAAGGAAGCCAAAGAUGAGGUCUGGAAAGAAAUUUAAUUUGUUAUAUUCAUUAUUUGUAGUGUUACAUACAACCAGAAUCAUAAGAUUUUAUUGGUUUAUUCUGAAGAUUACAUUUAUUUUUACCCUGCAGAUUUUAUUUACAAUUUUUUUUUGGCAGAUUUAUAUUGUGGCAUCAUUUUUCAUAUGUUUCGUUUUUAUAUCUUGCUUGCCAUUGACACCAUGCCACUUAACGUCCCAAUCAUUUCCACAUUUCACUCCUAGGGACAUCGCACAUUCCACCAUGAUAAAUAACAAAGUAUGUAAAUUUAUGGCCGUGUGUCUUAACACUGUCACUGACCGCAUCACCAAAAAUUGAAAAAAAAACAAAAAAACUCUUUUUUCCAUUUCAUAUUUCUAUGUAAAUAUAAAAUAUAUUUUUAAAAAAUGUGUUUAAUGAUAAAUGUAAAGUUAAAAGUAAAUAUAAGAUUAAACUUAAACGCUACGUUAGCGCAAAAGGGCGGCAGCGGAAGUCGAUGAGAGAAGUUUGAGAUUUUCGCCGCCACCCCCUUUUGUUACUAAAAUAAAUGUUAAAAAAAAAAAAAAUCUAAAUUGUGUCUAUUUGUAUGACAUUUUUUAAAAUUUCAAAAUAUGAAUUUGGCCUGUGUGUGUAUGUGUGUUUGUAUGUGUAUUUGUAUGUGUUGAAAUUUUGGUGCAUUCAAAUUCUGUUUAAUUUUAUUAGAUUAAUAUAUUUGACCAGACUUGGCCAGUUAAUAGAUCUGAGCUAUCAAAAAAAAAAAAAGGAAAAAUUUGUUAAAAUGCGCUUAAUUAAAGAGAUUGAAAAGAAUGAUAAAGAUUUCACGUCACUUGAAAUAAAAUAUUUGACCAAUGGAAAUAGGUUAAAUUGAAUAUUAAUCCAGGUUUCAAAAGUAAAAUUUAACAGAAUUUUCGCACUAAUACAUGUCAGUGUCUCACAAAUACACGUCAGGUGUCUCACUAAUACAUGUCAGGUGUCUCACUAAUACAUGUCAGGUGUCUCACUAAUACAUGGCAUGUUGUCUCACUAAUACAUGUCAGGUGUCUCACUAAUACAUGUCAGGUGUCUCACUAAUACAUGGCAUGUUGUCUCUCUAAUACAUGUCAGGUGUCUCACUAAUACAUGUCAGGUGUCUCACUAAUACAUGGCAUGUUGUCUCUCUAAUACAUGUCAGAUGUCUCACUAAUACAUGUCAGGUGUCUCACUAAUACAUGUCAGGUGUCUACUCACUAAUACAUGUCAGGUGUCUCACUAAUACAUGUCAGGUGUCUCACUAAUACAUGGCAUGUUGUCUCUCUAAUACAUACCAGAUGUCUCACUAAUACAUGUCAGGUGUCUCUCUAAUACAUGUCAGGUGUCUCACUAAUACAUGUCAGGUAUCUCACUAAUACAUGUCAGGUGUUUCACUAAUACAUAUCAGUUGUCUAACUAAAACAGGUCAGUUGUCUCACUAAUACAUGUCAGGUGUCUCUCUCUCAUGGUGACUUUCAUCUCAUUCUAUUUGUGACCAGGCUCAGUUUCUUCAAGGAAUUGUAAGGAAAGAAUGUGAGGAAAGGUUUGAACUUACCGAGGCUUUAAGUGAAGCCAGAAAGGAACUGCUGCAGCUUAAGAAACCCCCAGGUAGGUCAUGGUGUGUGAACUGAUGGAGGUAAAAGACAACCCCAGGUAGGUCAUGGUGUGUGAACUUCUGCAGGUCAAAGACACCCCCAGGUAGGUCAUGGUGUGUGAACUUCUGCAGGUUUAAGACACCCCCAGGUAGUUCAUUGCAUUUGAACUUCUGCAGGUAAAAGACACCCCAGGUAGGUCAUAGUGUGUGAACGUCUGCUUGCAAAAGACACCACCAGGUAGGUCUUGGUGUGAGAAAGGUGAAAAGGGUAAUAAUUCAUGAACUGCUGUUUGCUAAUUAUACCGCCCUAACAUCUGACACAAAUGAAGGUCUCCAGUGCUAGUUGAUUGUCUUUCACACGCUUGUCAACUGCAGAAAACACAUUUGUGUCAUGACGCAAUAAGCACCGUCCCCUCCAAUAUCUAUUGAGGGCCAUAAUCUGUCGGUUGUUGAGCAUUUCACAUACCUUGGAUCCAACAUUUCUAGUUCUCUCUCCGUUGAUGAAGGAAUAAACAUAAAGAACACAAAAGCAGCAGCAACUAUGGCUAAACUGAAUAAGCAGGUGUGGAACAAUCUCAAUCUAACUGAUAAAACAAAACUAAGUGUCUAUCAGGCAUGUGUGCUUAGUAUGCUCCUAUAUGGCAGUGAAGUGUGGACGACAUAGACCAGUCAGGAGUGGAAACUGAACAGAUUGCGUCGCAUUUUGCACUUUGGUGCCUAACUCAGAGGUUUCGGAACGUGCAAACAUGAUUAGCAUAUUCUUCGCUCUUAGCAAGAGGCGCGUUCACUGGUUAGGUCAUGUAAGGAGAAUGGAGAAGGGCUGUAUCCCAAAGAAGCGGCUGUAUGGAGAGUUGGCAGGAGGGACAAGACUUAUUGGACGGCCAGGCCUGAGAUUUAUAGACGUUUGCAAAAGGAGCAUGAGGGAAGCCAACAUUGAAAUAGAAAAAUGGGAGCUCAUUGCUGAACAACGUUCCAGCUGGUGAACAGCAGUGUAUGAAGGAGUAAAAAAGGCAGAAGAUAUGCGAAACGAAGCCCUUGCGACAAACAAAAAAAAAAAAAAAAAUACGGCCAAAUCUAACCAGGAGGGAGCUCAUUGCUGAACAACGUUCCAGCUGGUGAACAGCAGGGUAUGAAGGAGUAAAAAAGGCAGAAGAUAUGCGAAACGAAGCCCUUGCGACAAACAAAAAAAAAAAAAAAAAAUACGGCCAAAUCUAACCAGGAGUCAAUAUUCUCCUGCGAGAAAUACAGUUGAGAUUGUCAUUCCAGGAUGGGCCUAGUGAGCCACGCGUCAAAGUGUAGUCCUACAUGGCUCCUCCAUCGACUUGCAAAGAUGGAAAGAUGCCAUAUAAAAUUGAGAAGUUAGUUCAAGUAUAUUUGUUAGUUAAAAGAAGUAAAUUUAGUAGUUAGUGCAAGUAUAUUAAAUUGUUAGUUAAUACAAGUAUAUGUUGUUUAAUACAAGUAUGUGGACAUUGGUUACAGGUGGCUACUCAAGCAUGCAAAAAAGAGGAAGUGUCCAAAGUACCCACUCCAGUCCCUCACCAGCCCCGCUGUCAGAUGUCAGUGAUCCUGCCAUGCUCAAGUCAAAGCCACCUUUGCCCCCAAACAGCAUCAAUCUCAGCUACAGUGGGGACAGCCGCACCAACAGCAGCCAUGAUAAGAACAGCGAUGUACAGCUGAUGGAGGCCAGAAAGAGAAUCUCUAACAUGAUGGGCAGAACAUGACCAGAGGGACAGAACAUGACCAUGGGGACACAACUUGACCAGAGGGACAGAACAUGACCAGUGGGACAGAACAUGACCAGAUGGACAGAACAUGAACAGACUUUUAACAACAGUUUUAUUUCAUAAUACAAACUUGUGUGUCGUGUUCAACAAAGGAAAUUGUGUGUUCAGCGACCAGGGAAGCAUGUGUUGAGGUCACUAGUGAGAGCAUAUGGAUAUGCACUCGUCAUGGACACACCAAGCUACAAUGCUAAACAAUAUCCUUUCUGUCUGCCCAGCACUCCAAAGAACAUAUUAUGUAUAAGACAUAAAUUAUGUAUUUUACCAUGACAUAUGGUCACUAUGUGGUUGACAGUUAGUAAAGGCACUGGCCGAUCUACCCACCCUUGAAGGUUUAAAUUACAUUCAUGAUUCUAUAUAAAUGUGUUGGUGCAAGGAUUCUUCAUUUUAUUUUGUCAUUCCCUCCCUUGGACAAAUAACCUAUUUCCGCCCAAACACACAGAAUGUACCAACCCUCUUCCAAAAUAGUUCCUUAUGACUGCUGCCAGCUUACCAAACCAUUUACUCUGUAUUCAAUGUUUGGAAGCCAGACUAUGAUGUAUUAAUUUUCUGUAAGACUUUUGAUAAAGAUUUGUCAUGUGGUUAUCCCAUGCUGAUGUGAACUGAAUGCUAACAUUACAGAGGCUAACUUUGUAAACUUUAAUGUAAUCUUUCAAGGAAUGAAUAUGUAAAUGAUUUCUGCACGUUGACAUAAAACAUAAUUGCAACUGUAAAUGUAUUAAUUUAAUGUAUUAAAAAAAUAGUUUUAGAAUA